AGUUUAUUUUCUUUUGUUUGUGCCCACUGGGCUUUAUUAAUGGAGGGGGUUUGGCAAUCUCACGUCUCUCACUGUCUUUGAGGGAGCUCGAACGAACCAAACCUCUUUCUAAAAGAUUUCUUUUAUCCUUUAUACGGCACAAAACGAGAAAUUGUUGUGGCUUAUGAUACGGUGUGUGUGGUUGGUACAAGUUGGUACGAGCCGAUCGCUUGCUUUUCAGUUGCAUUAGAAUGGCAGUGGAUGCUGUGACGGAGCCAGAGUUCGGAGAGAAACGUGUGCAUCACAUCGCUGCAUUAUGUCUUGGAAUCUUCUGUAUUGUGGUUGGUGUUCCUCUGUGGUGGAAGACAACAGAGGUAUAUCGUGUGAGCUUACCGUACUCUGAUAUUCAGCAUUUGUCUGACACCAAGAUUGAAUAUUUAACCCAGGUGGAAGUAGUUUGGGCAGUUAAUAAAGAUGUUGGCAGUGUUUUUUUGUCUGACCUUGCAGUUCAGUUGAAUCGGCAGUUAGAAAAAAAGGAUCAGCCAUCUUUGACUUCAAGAUUUGAAGUUAUUGUGAGAGAAGCUGAAAAGGCUGAACUUGCUGCUUUGGAAAAGAUAGGAGCUGUUUCUGAUCUACAGCAGAUAAUGCCCUCUGAUGCCCUCCACAAAUACAGUGUGAUUAUUACCAAGACGUCAUCAUUGCUGUCCCAACCCAUUUUAGCACUGAACAACAAUAUCUUUUUACCCUACAAUGGAGCUGCGGAAAGUGCUUUGGCAGCUCAAAUUACUCAACUCUUGAAAGAUGUCAUGAGGGAGUCUACUGUGGUAAAAAAUCUUGAGGCUGCCCGAAGGAUGAAAAUAGAGAGGCCAGAUAAAAGUUCAAUGAGAUCAUUUCGGUUUCAUCCUGGGUACGACGUGACCUUCACCUUGAUGGUGCCUGAGCCAGAGCGAGUCCGUGUGGACUGGGACAUCGAGACUGGCAUUAAAGAUUACCUUCAACCACUUAAAGCAUCGCUGGAUGAGUACAUUGAUAUAUCAAUUUCUUCUCAGGUGCUUUAUUUCAUUGGUAUUGGUGGUAGACCCAAGAAGGGAGAUGGAUUUUACUUUUUUCAGGAGCAGGAUCUUCCUCACAUCAUCAACCCGUUGGAAAGCAAAUUAGGGUCCCAUGCUUCGAACAACCCAGGAAUGAAUUUUAUUGUUUACAUCCCGACUGUGAACAAACGACCUCUGUUCAUCCAUGACAAUAAAGGUGUUCCUGUUCCCAGCAAUUCUUUCCUUAGUCCUCGAUGGGGUGGUGUUAUGAUCUACAACUCGGAGAGCUCUGGAGUCAACUCGUCACAGCCCGAUUCAAAUGUGAAUGUGGACAUGCACAAAGUGAUGGAAGUGUUCAUCUCACAAAUGAGACUGCUCUUGAAUAUUAACGCUCAGUUGAUGACAGAAGAACUGCUGAUUGUGCAGACAGGAAGUGCCCGUCUCCAGCAGUGGGAGCUGUCGGCCUGGCUACGCAGCCGUUGUGUGGAGAACCUGGCAGCUGCCACCCUCACUCUUCAGUCUCUGGCGCAACUGCUGGAGGAGAUCGGCAACAUUGUCAUCAACGAUGAGAUAGGGAAAGAGGUGGAAUCGGCUGUGGCAUCCAUCAAGGACAGCCAGAGACAGUUGCUUCUUGGAGACCUGCAUGCUGCCUUUUUGGCCUCUCGAGCAGCAGUAGAGGCCUCAGAGCUGGCAUUCUUCCACCCGUCACUUCUAGAACUCCUCUAUUUUCCUGAAGAUCAAAAAUUUGCCAUCUACAUUCCAUUGUUCCUGCCCAUCAGUAUUCCAAUCCUCACAUCUGUUCUGCAUGCCAUCAAGUUCUUCAGAAGACCUCCCAAAAUCAAGUCGGAGUGACAGAUUUUUCUGAAUAGCUGCUGUGGUGCUGUUAUUUGUAUGUGCUUAGUUGGUUGAGAGUGUGACAUGUAUGGUCUUAUAUUGUUCAAGUUAUGUCAGUUUUGUUAAUGGUUGAAUUUUAGUUAUCGAGGAAAUGUACAGAAGCCGAUUGGGCAAAGAAAUCCCAAAAGAUGCAAAGACAUUUGUUUGAGAAAAUAAAGUUCCAUCUUUCUCUUUAUAUUUUAUGACUAUGUGGCUGACUGCAUGGUAUGGUUCUGUCCUGAAAGACCUACAUAAAUUCAUAUUUUGUUAAAAUAUUUAUUGACCUUGAAAGUCUUGGGUUAUUGUUACUGUUGUAUUUUAAUAAGAGGUUGCAAGCAUGUAUUGCUGGUGAAUCAAAAGACCUCCAGUUCUCAUUGGUAUAGAGUGUUUGUGAGAGAGAGUAUCUUUUUCAUUCCCGUCUUUCUUUUCAAAGAUAUUCCACACUUGUCUGAAUGGAAGAACUCGCUAAAUCAGUUAUUUUUAGUUUAGGCUUAAUUAAAGCAAAGGUAUUUGCUUUGUAUUUAAUAUCUUUUUUCUCAUACUGCUUUUGUAUGCUUCACUCCACUGUUAAAGGUUGCAGCUUUUAGAUUGUGAUAUUGUAAAUCUUUCAUUACCUAUUAGAUCAGAAGCAAAUUUCAAGUGCUCAUCCAGAAGUUAGAGUGACUAAAUUUUUCAUCUUUUUUUAAACACUGAAUUGCAUCUAUUGAAAAAAUAUAUUUGCAGUGUAUUGUCAUGUUGACUGAGGAAGUUUAUGCUGUAAGUGGGUUCUUUCAUUCUUUUACCUCUAGCUUUUUUAUAUCCUUUAAAAUAGUUUCUUUCAUAAUUUGAUAAGUAGGCACCACGUCAGAGUAGUCCUACAGUGGAUUCCUGCCCACACUGGGAUACCGGGAAAUGAAAGAACUGAUGUUCUGGAAAAGAAAGGAGCUAGCCUCCCUCAGCCUGAAAUUCCUACGAAUUACACCACCUGCUGCCAAAUGAUCAAGUCAAACCUCAAGGAAAAGUGGAUGAAUGAUUCGGCCACAGGUAUGACAGGAAGGAAGAUGUAUGGUCACAUGAAUAAACCACUGGUCAAAGAUCCAAUCAAUGAGUUGAGGAGGGGAGAUUAAUCCAUAAUCUUCCAACUUAG